UCCCUGCCACUGCAGCCACCGGCACCGGCACCGGCAGCGCCCGCUGAAGGAGACAGAGCAGCCACCGCCCGGCAGGAGCCCCCAGGCCGCCAGGAGCAGUGUGAGGCCAGGAGGCGGCCGGUCCGAUGGGCAGCACCAUGGAGCCCCCCGGGGGCGGGUACCUGCACCUGGGCGCGGUGACGUCCCCCGUGGGCACGGCCCGCGUGCUGCAGCUGGCCUUCGGCUGCGCCACCUUCAGCCUGGUGGCCCACCGCGGCGGCUUUGCGGGCGCGCAGGGCGCCUUCUGCAUGGCCGCCUGGGGCUUCUGCUUCGCCCUCUCGGGCCUGGUGGUGGCCUGCGAGGUCACCCGGCUGCACGGCUGCCUGCGCCUCUCCUGGGGCAACUUCACGGCCGCCUUCGCCAUGCUGGCCGCGCUGCUGUCGGCCACGGCCGCGGUCCUCUACCCGCUGUACUUCGCCCGCCUGCAGUGCCUGCCCGAGCCCGCGGGCUGCGCCGCCCGGGACUUCCGUCUGGCCGCCAGCGUCUUCGCCGGGCUCCUGUUCCUGGCCUACGCGGCCGAGGUGGCGCUGACCCGGGCCCGGCCCGGCCAGGUGGCCAGCUACAUGGCCACGGUGUCCGGGCUCCUCAAGAUCGUCCAGGCCUUCGUGGCCUGCAUCGUCUUCGGGGCGCUGGUCCAGGACAGCGGCUACCGGCGCUACGCGGCCACCCAGUGGUGCGUGGCCGUCUACAGCCUGUGCUUCCUGGCCACGGUGGCCGUGGUGGCGCUGAGCGUGCUGGGCCACACGGGCGGCCCCGGCUGCCCCUUCGAGCGCGCCGUGGCCGUGUACACCUUCCUGGCCGUGCUCCUCUACCUCAGCGCGGCCGUCAUCUGGCCCGUCUUCUGCUUCGACCCCAAGUACGGCGAGCCCAGGCGGCCCCCCGACUGCCCCCGGGGCAGCUGCGCCUGGGACAGCCGGCUGGUGGUGGCCACCUUCACCUACGUCAACCUGCUGCUCUACGUGGCCGACCUGGCCUACUCCCAGAGGAUCCGCUUCGUGCCCGCCCUGUAGCGGGGCCGCCGCCCACCUCUGCUCCCGGAUGCUGGGCACCGCGAGGGCGCGGCAGGGGAGGCCCGCACAGCCCCUCAGAGGAC